AUGUUUUCAGUUGACAGUCCUCCAACCUCAGAUACACCACUUCGUGUUGCCGAUUUAACACGUUUUUAUCCGCCCAACUCGCAAGAAUUAGGUCUGGUCGAAGGUGAAUACUCCGGCGUGAAUGAAGUAUACAUUCGAUUCGCUAGAGCUUACUCACAAAAUUGCCAGCAAAUGGAUUCGCAAAAGACGCCAGAAAGUUAUGAGAAAUUAUGUGAUAUAUUGUUAGUAUUGAAAUUCUAG